AUGGCCUCGUCGCCCGCGCGCACCGUCCUGACCUCGCCGCCCUCGCGUCCCACUCCGCCCGGCCAGCAGACGCCCACGAGUUACCGCCGUCGCGGAGCCUCCACCGACUACGACAACGACUCCGAGAGCGACUCGGACACCUCGCGCGUCACAGCCCUCACCGUGAACAAGCACCAGAGCAUCUCCCCGCCCGCCCCAGCUCCGCGGCCCACCGUUACCUCCAAUGUCUCGAGCCCGCUGAACGACCUGCCGCUGCGCAACCACUCGCCCGGCACCAAUACCCCGCCAGUCCAUCUGGGACACCGCCCCCGCCAGCACUCGCAGGGCUUCUUUGAGCCCUCACUUCCCUCGGCCCACCAGACAAACAUGCCCAAUCUCUCCGCCUCGCAGAUUGCGGCACAAACCGCCAUGCACGCGAGGUCCGAGGACAGCAAUCACAAUCGCAAUCGCUCCGCGACCAUUCCCGAGGGAGGUGUGUCUAACAACAACACCGCCCGCCGUAAGCCCUCGCAGCCCACGCCGCCAGCACCUGAGCUUGGCAUGGGCUUGAGGCCCCCCGCUCUGCAGGUGCCUUCGUUCCACCAAAUCGACACAGCCGCCGCCCAAAGGGGGCCUGCGAGCGCUGCAGCAAACAGCGUUUUCCCCCGCAGCCCGCUAGCCUCGCCCGGCUUAAUGGACCUGGCCCCACGGUCAGCGACUCCGAGCAUGUCUGAGGGUCAAUACAAGCCGCUGAAGGAAAAGGAAAAAUCAAAGAUGAAGCUCUUCUCGAAGCCCAAGAGCCUUGGGCUGUCAAAGGACAAAGAUGCGCUCAAGAGUGAAAAAUACCUCCCCGCUUUGCCUUCUCCCAACAAGCAAGGCCUGUACAGCUCUGGAGCGCAUGCUAUGAACCAGUCGACGUCGAGUCUAGUAACUCCCAACAUACCUAACACUCCUCUCUAUUCUUCGGCCAACGCUUCUACGUCCACUCUUCUUCCGAUGGAGAGGGUGACUACACACGUAGAGAAGGAAAAGGAAAAGGAAAAGCAUCGACAUCAUUUCCUGUCCCGACAAAAGAAUAAGCUGAAGGAUGAUCAUCACAACUUGCCGCUCUCUUCUGCCAGUAGCACGUCAAAGCCAACGGAUCCGCAUGCCCCACAGCCAUUGUACAAUUUCGCGGCACCAAAUUCACCCGGCCAUUCUAGUACCUUUGCGCAGUCUAUGAGUGGACUUGAUCUUAGGCAUGGUGGACGAGCGCUUCGCCAGAAGAAAAAGGAAGAGAAAGCGGCAAAUGCGUCUUUGGAGUCUGGCCUCGAGACACCGUACCGUGAGCGGGAUCCUUCGUUCCAGCUAGAAAGGGCGGAAUGGCCAGGGCCGAACAAUUUGGGCACUUCAGCGCCUACGCCCGGCCUUGGUACCCUAGAGACGUCUCAACCUUCUGUAGCAACUUUAAGCGCAAUCUUCGGCGUUACAAUGAUGACGCCCGAUGACGCCUGGCCUCUGAUCAAGGCCCGAGUGUUGCUGAUCUUCGAGGGUCAGGAUCCUCGUCCGCCGAUCGAAGACUUCAACUCUCUAGUGUCGAUGCAUCUCAGGCGUUGCAUUCAGCGCCAAGCUCCUCAUAUUGUAGUCGAGGACCUCAACGAACUCCUCUUGACCGGAUUUCUCUCUCUCGAUCAAACUCUUCGCCAUAUUCCGGAUGAUCGUCUUGUUCCCAAACUCGUGGAAGUGUGGGACUUGGUCUUCACCAAAAUUCUCCCUUUCAUGCAAGCAGUCUUCCUGCCGCUCGAUUUGGAAUUCAGGGGUGCCGGGAUCAUGAACCCGCGCGAGGCAGCCGGGUUCUGGGGUGCUUCACUGCCUAAGCGUGACCCCGAUGAGGCCGCAGAUAACAUAAAAUCGAAAGCGGUACCCACACUAGGAGAAGAGCUAGAAGUGCGGCGGCUCACGCUCCUCAUGUUCCGCGACUCCAUCUUCUUGCCACGCCACGACGCCCUCAUGGCAAUCUUCUCCCGCCUCUCGCUCGAAAACAUCAACGCCGGCAUCGGCGACCCCUCGUAUCUGUCCGAGACGUCAAGCCACCAGACCAGCACGACGACAUACACGCACCGGCCCGGCACCAGCAUCUCGCUGGGGGCCGACGGCUUCGAGUCCAGCCAAGGCUCGAGCAACAUCCUCGACAGCACCAGCACGUCCUUCUCGGCCUCAGCAACCUUCAGUGCAAACACACGCUCGCGCGCGACGUCCAACACCUCCGCCGGCUCGUUCCACUCGCUGCCGACGAACGUGCAGCUCGGCCACGGCCGCUCGCACAGCAACAGCAACGCGACUAUGCCGCCGCCGGCGGCGUCAUCGGCCGCGUCGGCGCAGCCCAUGGAUAGCGCUAAGGUCACCGAGACGGUCGCUAAGAUGCUGCAGUGCAUUAGCGUGCUGAGCAGCAUUCGAAGCGGGGACGAGCCGCAGGCUAAGAUGGAGAGCUUGAGCCGCGAGCUGAAGUAUAACUGGCUAGGGAGGGGGCGGACAGGACGGCAGAGGCAAGGUUUCGUGGGGAGGAAGGGGGUGGGGUUGGGCGCUAUGAGCGCGCAUAGUCGUGGGUAG